AUGGGUCUUUUCAACAAAAAAUCCGAGGGCGAUGAGGACGCCAAUCGCCGCGGACUCUUUAGUCGCAAGAAGGACAAGAGCCCAUCCACCCCCUCCAACCCUUACGCCCAGCCAAUUCCGGUAGACUCAUACACCAAGGCCAAAAUUGGUGCAGGUGUGAGUCCCUUGCCUGCCGAUCAUCCAGCUGCCAACGGUGGCUCCCCACACAACAUUCCCUCCGAUAACAAGUACUCCGGCUACUCUGCCAACAAGUACGGCAAUCAGGGUGGCUAUGGAAGUGAUCGAUUCGGUGGAUCUGGCGCAGGCGUCGGCUCCCCAGCCUCGGGCUCCGGUUCCGCCUCACGAUAUGGAACCGGUGGCUAUGGUGGUCUCGGCAGCACCGAUCCCAAUGACCCCGCGGCGACGGAUGCAGCCCGCAAUGAGCUCUUUGGUGCCAAGAAGUCACCAGCCAACCCGGGCGACAAUGCGCCGCCACCAUACUCCCAGGGCCAGGGUAACAGUGGCGGAAAUAACUACGGUGGAAACAACUACGGCGGCGGCAGCAAUGAGUACAGCAUGUCGACCUACCAGGACCGCCAGCUGACCGCAGAAGAAGAGGAAGAGGAGGAGAUCAACGCCACAAAGAACGAGAUGCGCUUCAUAAAGCAGGGCGAUGUGGCGUCGACACGGAACGCGCUUCGAGCAGCUGCCCAAGCUGAAGAAACCGGUCGCAACACACUAGCCCGACUAGGCGCGCAGGGCGAGUCGAUCCACGACACAGAAAAGAGCCUAGACAUGGCCACGAUCGAAGGCCGCAUUGCAGAGGAGAAGGCGAAGGAACUCAAGACUCUCAACAAGAGCAUGUUCGCCGUGCACGUAGCGAAUCCAUUCACUGCCUCGCGGCGUCGACGCGAGCGUGACGAGAAGGUCCUCAACACGCACCGCGAAGAGCGCGGUAUUCGGGAUGGCACACGGUCCGAAGCGCACGGAACUAACCAGCGCAUGGAAAAGGUGUUCCGCGAUAUCGAUCGUGAUGCCGCGAAGCAGGGCAAGGGCAAGAAGGCCAGUGUCACCGAGCGCGCCAAGUACCAAUUCGAGGCGGAUAGCGAAGACGAGGCCAUGGAAGACGAGAUCGAGCAGAACUUGGAUCUCCUUAGUGGUGCUACUGGUCGCUUGAACGGUCUUGCUAAAGCGACUGGCAAGGAGCUGGAUGAGCAGAACAGACAUCUGGAGCGUAUCACAGGCAAGAGCGACUUCGUCGACGAUCAGAUUGCCAUGAACCGGGCCAAGCUGGACCGUAUUCACUAG